GCAGGGCACUGUGCGCCGGCAUUCCAGAUGUCCAAACGACAGUUGUACUAGCCCAAGUUUUUCUGGGCACCGGGUGCCAAUGAUGACCUCAUGAGCUCCAGGCUCAAGACUGUAGUCAUACAGUUCUCGCUGACACUGUCUUGAAUAGCCCUCAGCCUUUCAUGUGUCCAUUCAUUCUCUCCAGUCCUCUGGCGGCAAAAUUACUCCCUCAUAAUUAGCCAUUGUCCCCGUUUUUGGCUAGUCUGAAAAAAAAGUUUUUUUGGCUAGUCACUUUUGUGCCCUCCCCCAACCCCCAAUUUUAAACUUUUUUUUGCCUGUCUAUCACUCCUCCAUCUUGCCUAAUAUGUUUAUUGUAAAAUUAAGCAAAAUACAGCCCCCUUCCUCCCUCUAUCUUUAGCAUUCUCACUUCAGUCUCUCUGUCUUCUGUCCUCGUCACAGUGGACUGUGGGAGAUUUUACACUCGAUUUGUUGACUCCUUUGCUUUAAAGUCGGCCGCUCUGAAGAAAAGUAUCUUUAUAAAUGACAUGACCUGUCCCUGAAUGGUGCUUUGUUUACUGUUUUUCCAAAAAGGGGCCCCCACUAUAUUUCAUCUGUCAGAGUUGCUUUUCUUCCCCCCAACAAUGCUUGAUUGUUUCCACACACAAAAAAAAAAAAAAAAAAAAUUGAGAGGGACAGAAAGAGUAAGAGGAAGAGAGAGAGAGAGAGAAAGAAACAGAAAGUCCAGGUUCCACAGACAGGAGAAUUCUGUAUUAUAUUUUCCUGCCAAAUUCCGAUCUCUGUUUUCCUUCCCCUGCACUCACAAAGGGCUCAUAACUUACUGUCAACUGUGAGGGAAACCACAAAGCUCCACUGUUGCUCUGCAAAUAGGCUGUGUUGCUUGAUGGCUUCACUGGCUGUAAAGUUUGCUUAACUGCAGCACUGACACCCGGCACUUUGGGAACUGCCGCCCCGUAAGGCCCUGAGUGAGGGACGGAGAGAGACGGCGAGCUGCUUUCCUUGCGUCUAAGAAUCAUCUCCGGCCGCACUGGGACUGAAAGAGACACGCGUGCGAGGGAGACGCUGUGUGUGUGUGUGUGCAUGAGCGGAGGAGCUUAACAGCUGCUCUGCCGGUGGCUCCGUUCGUGUGUGUGUGAGUGUACUUCGUUCAGCGUGGCGUCGGAUGUGUUCUGACAAGACGUGCUGUGGCUGGGACGAACGGCCUGUCUGUGCUCGAGUGUUUUGGUGUGUGUUUGUGUGUAUCAGAAUUUGAGGAAGUGUUAUGCCAUCCAGCUCUGAAGUGGUGUGUGAAGAACAGAGAAGGACAGGAGCGGCCAAACAGGCUGAGGGGGACAGUAUCAGAAUCAUGUCUUCCAAGCAAGCCACCUCUCCGUUCGCCUCGACCCCUGACGGAGGCGAGGAUGGAAUGAAUCAGGAGCGCAUGUCCUGGGAGAAAGAGGAGAACUCAGAGUCACUAGUUAACCCUCAGCUGCCCCUGCACAAUCUGCUCCACAACAAACCUCCCCUGGAGGAGCUCCAGCCAAUCAGCAGCAGUGUGCCGCCCGAGUCCGACUGGGACAGCCUGAUGUCAGCCCAGCAGCGCAUGGAAUCGGACAGCAAUAAAGUAUGUUCCUUAUACUCCUUCCGGAAUAACUCUACCUCUCCACACAAGCCAGAGGAGGGGGCCAGGGAGCGUGGCGACCUGCUGAGCAGUUCAGCCUUCGGAACGCCAGAGCGCCGCAAAGGAAGCCUGGCCGAUGUGGUGGACACACUGAAACAGAAGAAGCUAGAGGAGAUGACAAAGACAGAGCAAGACGAAUCCUCCUGCAUGGAGAAACUCCUUUCUAAAGAAUGGAAAGAGAAGAUGGAGCGACUCAACACAGGCGAGCUGUUAGGAGAAAUUAAAGGUACUCCAGAAAGUCUCGCAGAGAAGGAGCGACAGCUCUCCACCAUGAUCACACAACUCAUCAGCCUGCGAGAGCAACUCCUGGCCGCCCAUGAUGAGCAGAAGAAACUGGCCGCCUCACAGAUGGAGAAACAGCGUCAGCAAAUGGAACUGGCACGCCAACAGCAAGAGCAGAUUGCCAGACAACAGCAGCAACUUCUGCAGCAACAGCACAAAAUCAAUCUCCUCCAGCAGCAGAUCCAGCAGGUCCAGGGUCACAUGCCUCCGCUCAUGAUCCCCAUUUUUCCACACGACCAGCGCACUCUGGCAGCAGCCGCGGCAGCCCAGCAGGGCUUCCUCUUCCCCCCAGGCAUGUCCUAUAAGCCAGGUGAUAACUACCCGGUGCAGUUCAUUCCAUCCACAAUGGCAGCUGCUGCCGCGUCAGGACUCAACCCUCUCCAGCUCCAGCAACUCUACGCCGCCCAGCUGGCCAGCAUGCAGGUCUCUCCUGGAGCCAAGAUGCCUCCGCUGCCCCAACCCCCCAAUUCUACUGGGCCGAUCUCCCCGUCUGGCUUGAAGAAUGAAAAGAGGGCCUCAACCCCACUGGCUCAAGUCAAGGAGGAGGGAACGCAGCCUCUCAACCUCUCCGCCCGGCCCAAGACAGCUGAGCCCGUCAGAUCCCCCACAUCCCCGACACAGAGCCUCUUCCCAGGCAACAAGAGCAGCCCGAACAGCCUGUCCAAGAGCAGAGGCAUCCCCAGCCCCAUCGGAGGAAUGGGCCGUGGCUCGUCUCUUGACAUUCUGUCCAGCCUGAACUCAACAGCGCUGUUUGGAGAUCAGGAUGCAGUGAUGAAGGCCAUCCAGGAGGCGAGGAAGAUGAGGGAGCAGAUUCAGAGAGAGCAGCUUCAGCACCAUCAGCAGGGAAUGGAGGCCAAGCUGUCUGCCCUCACCAGCAUGGGCCUGAACAACUGCAGGGCUGAUAAGGAGAGGUCUCAUUAUGAUAACCUGGGCCAUCACCUGGGCAAACUAGGCGAGGAUGGGAAGAUUGGUCACAGAGUCAUCGAUCUCACCAGGCCAGAGGAUUUCGAGGGGUGUAAGGAACUGAAUGGCUCUGCAGAUAAACCACAUCAGUAUUAUUGUUGGCCAACAGGAGGCGCCAGCACUGCCGAGGCACGGGUCUACAGGGAACCCCGGGGAAGGAACAGCAACGAACCUCACAUCAAACGGCCCAUGAACGCCUUCAUGGUCUGGGCCAAAGAUGAGCGCCGCAAAAUCCUUCAGGCCUUCCCAGACAUGCACAACUCCAACAUCAGCAAAAUCUUGGGAUCUCGCUGGAAGUCCAUGACGAACCAGGAGAAACAACCGUAUUAUGAGGAGCAGGCACGGCUCAGCAAGAUCCACCUGGAGAAGUAUCCCAACUACAAGUACAAGCCCCGGCCCAAGCGCACCUGCAUCAUCGACGGCAAGAAGCUGCGCAUAGGCGAGUACAAGCAGAUGAUGAGGUCAAGGAGGCAGGAGAUGAGGCAGUUCUUCACUGUGGGGCAGCAGCCACAGACGCAGAUCCCCAUCACCACCAGCGCAGGUGUCGUAUACCCCGGUGCCAUAACAAUGGCGACCACUACGCCCUCCCCUCACAUGACGUCAGACUGCUCCAGUGCCUCAGCCAGCCCCGAGCCCACCAUCCCCGUCAUCCAGAGCACCUUCAACAUGAAGAUGGAACCGGGCACCAUGGUGUCUAACGACCCCGUGAACGGAGAGGACGAGAUGGACAUGUACGAGGACUUUGAGGACGAGCCCAAAUCGGACUACAGCAGUGAGAAUGACACACACGAGCCGGUCAGUGCCAACUGAGGCCAAAACAGCCAGCAAAGAACAUCCUGAAGAAAAUGAAAAAGAGUACAACAACAACAAAUAAAAAGAAAACUAAAAACUUGUUUCUGAUGAAAUGCGUUUUGGGAGCCAGCAUGCAGAUGUGGCUCCUGCAGAUUUAACAGCUAUUGGUCUUAAGUGUUUCUCCGAGUGUGAAACAAUUUGAUUGUGUUUUAUUUUGGCUUUUUUUUUAUUGUUAUUUUAUUGAAUUUUUUUUUUCUUGUGUUUUGAUCAUGGACAAUUUAGGGUGUUUCCUACAACAUUUUUGAAUAAUAGGACUUGACGAUUGAAACAUUUCAUAUAAAUCCAUAACUCACAGUCUUACUUAAAUUCAUAUGGAUUUACACAUGUAUUGUUUUUUUCUUUUGAAGCGUACAUUACUGUUUUCGAUGGGGUUCUAUAUCUCACUCAGGUAUGCUGUACCAGCCAACAGCUUGUGAAUGUUUUUAAUCAGAACUAUUUAAAAGGAAAAAGACGACACUUCAUUUGACAUUUCAUAAUACGAUAAAACUGAAGAAGUCCUUACAUUUGAACCAUAGAGGGAAAGCCUAAAACUCCCCAUUAUUAUUGCUGUUCUUGUUAUUAUUAUUACUACUAGUACUACUACAAGUCCAGAUGUGCCAAACAUAUCAUAAGCUUCCUGCUCUUAAAUCUUAAAUUUGAAAGUCUUAAAGAAGAGACUGCAUGAGUCUUAGACAAUCCUUGCAAUCUUAUCUACAAAGCCCACUUUUUUUCCCUCUUCUACCAGUUUUAUGUCCUCUCCUCUUUUAUUGACAACCACGUCCAAAUGCUCAGGAACUAAGAAUGUCAUAGUUCUCCAGGAGGUUCAAUGCAGUGAUCGCCCCGACCACCGUCCUCGUCUAGUUUAGUCUUACCCGCUCGGUUCUUAAUCACAGUGAUUGUAAUCAGGCCAGAAUGCCAAGGGGCCAAAUGGCAUCCAAUCUGCAGAAUUGGACAGGCAGCGAAAGGCAGCUUUGGUGUAUUACAAUCACAAAUUGCCGUUGUACAACAUGUACAAGCACAUUCUGCUGAAGUCUUUAGCUCCAUAUUCCAGGGCAGCAAAGUUUAAAGUCUUUUAUUUACACUUAAGUCUUGUAGACAUUGUAAUCUUAACUGACGGAAAUAGUCUUAAAGCAGAGCAUAUGGUCUUUGGGCCUCUGCAGUGCGUUCAUCGUUAAGUCUUAAGAGAACGGCCAGUUUAUCCGGAUGUUUUGGCCAGUCAUGCAAAAGAGUUUUUAACUAAAUGAAUAAUGGCACUUAUUUUCCAAAUUUUACUUUGGUUGUAUUUACAUUUAAAUAUAUGUUCUGAAACAAAUACAUUUGAAAAUGCACAGAGACAAAUCUGCCAUUAUUGUUUCUUUUUUGCCAAUUGAAAUCAGUUUUUUGAGCACUUGAAAAAAAAGACAAUUCAAAUAGGCAGUCCUGCGCCUCUACUAAAUUAUCCACUCGUUCCGGCAGCAGAACGGAUCUCAGGUUGUUUCCAUGUGGAAGGACAGCCAAGAAGCAGCCAGCGGGCAGGGCCUCUUGUUUUAGGCUUUGGCCCUACCGAAGGCUCCUACAGGGUGUGAGUGCCAUUCACCUCCACUCGCCUGACCUCUGCCCAGCACAAACCCUGCCUCAAGGGGCUGCCAUCUGGCUCCCGGCAUCGGCCCGUGCCCAGGAGAAAGGUAGCGAACAAUUGAGCCGAGGCCCAUGUGGUUUAUUGUGCCCUCUCUCCAUCAAAGCGCUCGCGAAAGGCCGCGGCCAGAAGCAGCCACGAGGUGCUAGCGAGCAGAUGGAACAAGUAGAUCAAGCUGUGGGGGAUUAUUAAAAUGACUGACGAGUCGGUAUCAUCUGAAAUACAGCAUUAUUAAUGCAUGAGUCCUGCUAUUUUGCCUUUGCCCUUGAACCUGUCUGUUUCAUCAGUAACCCAGAGAUUAGAAUAGACAGGAAAUGUCACAGCGAGGCUUCUGGUCACUGCAUUACCUCCAAAGGUCUAAAAGGUACCGAUGGCUAUUUAGCGCUUACUUCUCCCAGCAGUUGAAGCAUUGACUUUUCUCCUCAGCGCCGCCCCUCUUUAAAAAGCAUAUACUUAAUUCAUAGAAGUUUUGAGCACUUCUUUAGAAGCUUUUAUUUUUAUCUUUUAUUUUGAUGGUUUUGUUAAAGUUUGUUGUGAUUUUUACAUAGGGUACAGUAUUUGGCUGGGUGUCCCCUGACAUCCGCGUUCAGUGUUUUUCUUUUUUUCUUCUUCCCUGCUUACAAGCCAACGUUUAUUGUUUAAAGCUGUUAUAUCUGUUUGCUGGUGGAUUGGUUGAUUUGUACGUGAUUUGUACAUAUUUCCUUGACCAUGCCAAGCCAGUUCUGUAGGCUGGUAGCAGACAAAAGGACUGUUGUUGGGACUGAAACUUGAUUGCGCUUGUAUAGAUAAAAAAAAAAAAGAAAAAAGAAAAAAAAAGAAAAGAACAGAAAAGAAAAAAAGAGACUUUUCAAUCUCACACGGAGACAAUGAUUCAAAAGUGUUACAAGCACUGGAUAUAAAUGGUAUUUUUAUCAAUUCUGACUAAUGUGAAGCCGUUGUGCGAAGAAAAAAAAGAAAAAAAGAAAAAAUCCUACAUGAACAAGUCACCUGUUUGGACUCAUGUGAGUGCGGCUCACAGUUGCCAGAUUUGAGUCAUUUUUCUCUUGACAUAUUUUAUUUAUGCAGACACGUGAUGAAUGAACACUUUGUUUAAGCUCCAGUGCUGCCUAGGGGAGAAAGAGCAGUAAACUCGACGGAGAGGCUCGCGUAGUGACUGGCCAACUGAGACACACCGGACUUCAGUAGCACAUUUUAAUGGUCAUGUAUGUUUGUGUUGUAUAUUGUAUUUGAAGCUCUCUAGUGCAUAUAGACAUUUUAUUGUAUUUAUUAGCCAUUAUUGGCUCUAAAAGUGUCAGUAGAACAGAAUUAAAGGACAAUCAGAGAACCAGAAUAAAAACAGUGAAAUUUCAAAAUGGAUUGGAGCUCAAAACAAAGUUUCUUCUUCUUCUUCUUUUUUAAAUCUCCAUCUCAUUACAGAUUUUUUCCCCCUCUUUUCAUUGUAAAUAUAACAUAGGAAAAUAGAAUUCUAUUUUUGUUCAUGGAUACUUGCUGAAGUAUAAAUUAUGUAUUUUACUUUUUUUUCUUCUUUUGUGUGUGUAUGUUUUUGGUCAUUGUAUUUAGGGAAAAAAAGAAUGAAAUCACAAACUGACAAUUCACUGUACCUCAUGUAGUUGCUGAAUUCACAUCCCUGUUGAUUGAGUAGUUUUGGAGACACAGCUGAGACACCCGGGCAUCUCACUUCCAUGUGUUUAAGUGAUGAACCUCGCACUCCAUGCUGAGUUAACCAGCCAUUUGCUAUGUUGUUGGUGCACUGUGUAGCAAAGGACAAAUCUUGAAAUCCAUGUGCGUAACUUUUUGUCUUUUUUUUUUUCUUUUACAAAAAUGUUUUCUAAAUGUUGAGGUACUUGCUGAAGUUCUAUAAUAAUUGGUUUUGUGCCAAAUUUGAAUGAGAGAACAUGUAAUUGAGGGGCAUCAGUUGUGAUGUGUCAUACAGUACAGCUUCAUCUGAAAACAUGCGAGCUUCUCGCUGAGCAUUUAAUCCAUUGGGGGAUGUGCAAAUAUUUUUUUUUUUUUAUGCAUUUGAGGUUUUCAUACAGUGUUUUUCUCUUAAUUGCUUUAUAGUGUUUAAUAGCCCAUUUCCCAUCCAGUCAACAGCAAGUCUAAAUGACAUUUCUUUUAUAACUAUCACUGCCAUAUUAAUGCAAAGUAGGUACAAUAACUGAGGACAAAGCUUGGGUGUUUCUACUUAUCUUACUGUAAUGCUUUUUUUUUUUUUUUUGUAUGGACUUUUGUGAUGUAUAUUGUGGGAUACUUUUGUUAAUUUAAUCAGCACAAUUCACUGACAUGCUGGACUGACAUGCUAGCUGCUGUUCAGAAGAGUAAAAUGUUGCUGUCAGGGACAACGUAUGCUGUUGUCAAUGCUACUUUGCUUUUAGAUUUCUGUAGUCUCUCAAGCAACACUGUGUGUGGCUCCUCUGUCGCUAGGUACACUCUUGUUUCGAAUCCCGCUAGUAGCCUGAUAACACUUUUCUUUAAUUUUGUCUUUGUGUGUGUGUGUGUGUGUGUGAGUGUAGAGACCGGUUUCUCAGCAGGUACGUAGACCCAUGGCAGGUAUUAUUGUUUGGGCGUUAGAGAUGUAGAAUAGUAUCUGUUGCUGCUUUUGGAGAAAAAAAAAAGUUUUAAGUCUAAAAAUGUAAAUAGUUUAUCAUAAUAUCUUGUACAGUCCAGUGUAAAGUUUUUAAUUGAACUUAAAAAAGGUUGCCAUCACAUUUGUGUUCACAUUCUUCUUUAUACAGUACAAAAGACAGCUAUUUGCUAAGGAUAUUAUUGUUAAAAAAGAAAAAAGAAAAAAAGAAAGAAAAAAAGGUACUAAAAAUAUUUUUUGCUUGGCUUUAGUAUGUAAACCAGCAAGUCAUUGGUUUCCAUGUGCAGUAUUGACGUGAGGUAAACUAAUUAAUGCUACAGUUGUAUGUCCAGAGACCAGUCUUCUCUGUAAUGGUAGUAUUAUUAUAUCAGAUAAAAUAAACCAGAUGAGUGACACAUUUCGGUGUAUUUAGACACCUUAGUGGAUUGUACAAAUAUCUAGGUUGUUUUCCCCACAAGCAGCAUUUGGCAUAUUGUAAUGUAACACCAUUUUUACAGUAUAUUCUCAAUUCACUGAUGUACGACGGCAGAUGAGGGUGUUCCUGUCUGUUUGCUUAUUUACCUCAAGAGUUCCUCUUUUUCCAUAAAAGAUAGAGUACACACACAUAUGACAAAAUCGUCUCACCAUCACUCCAUCUUUUGUACUGCUGUUGACACUUACAAAUUAAAGAGACAUUUUGUUUUA